CCGAAAUCCCCGCCGCAUCUCCGGGAAGUCACGCUUGCGCAGUCUCGGCUCCUGGCCGCUCCCCCAGCCGCUGUCCGCGCCGGCGGACCGACUGCCUUGGCCCCUCCGCGCUGCCGUCUUUUCCGGCGGUUGGGGCGCUUCCUGUUGUUCUCACCUGCAACCGCCCCUAGUCCCCUACUCAGAGCACCUCAACCGUCCCCUCCCCUCCUCGCGCCGGCUGGCUGCUGCCCUGGGGCUUCCGUCCGCACGUCGAGACCUCUGGCCCAGCCGGCGUCCGCGGCUCCGCCGCCCCCAGCCAGCCUCCCUCGGGGCUCUGCAGCCAUGGCGAUGACAGGCUCAACACCUUGCUCGUCCAUGAGUAAUCACACAAAAGAAAGGGUGACAAUGACCAAAGUGACACUGGAGAAUUUUUAUAGCAACCUAAUCGCUCAACAUGAAGAACGAGAAAUGAGACAGAAGAAGUUAGAAAAAGUGAUGGAAGAAGAAGGCCUGAAGGAUGAGGAGAAACGACUCAGGAGAUCAGCACACGCUCGGAAAGAAACAGAGUUUCUUCGUUUGAAGAGAACAAGACUUGGAUUGGAAGAUUUUGAGUCCUUAAAAGUAAUAGGCAGAGGAGCAUUUGGUGAGGUGCGGCUUGUUCAGAAGAAAGAUACAGGGCAUGUGUAUGCAAUGAAAAUACUCCGUAAAGCAGAUAUGCUUGAAAAAGAGCAGGUUGGCCACAUUCGUGCGGAGCGUGACAUUCUAGUGGAGGCAGACAGUUUGUGGGUUGUGAAAAUGUUCUAUAGUUUUCAGGAUAAGCUAAACCUCUACCUAAUCAUGGAGUUCCUGCCUGGAGGGGACAUGAUGACACUACUGAUGAAAAAAGACACCUUGACAGAGGAGGAGACUCAGUUUUAUAUAGCAGAGACAGUGUUAGCCAUAGACUCCAUUCACCAACUUGGAUUCAUCCACAGAGACAUCAAACCAGACAACCUUCUCCUGGACAGCAAGGGCCAUGUGAAACUUUCUGACUUUGGCCUAUGCACAGGCCUGAAAAAAGCACAUAGGACAGAAUUUUAUAGGAAUUUGAACCACAGCCUUCCCAGUGAUUUCACUUUCCAGAACAUGAAUUCCAAAAGGAAAGCAGAAACCUGGAAAAGAAAUAGACGUCAGCUAGCCUUCUCCACAGUAGGUACUCCUGACUACAUUGCGCCUGAGGUGUUCAUGCAGACCGGGUACAACAAGCUCUGUGAUUGGUGGUCGCUUGGUGUGAUCAUGUAUGAGAUGCUCAUCGGCUACCCACCUUUCUGUUCUGAGACUCCUCAGGAGACAUACAAGAAGGUGAUGAACUGGAAAGAAACCUUGACUUUUCCUCCAGAAGUUCCUAUCUCUGAGAAAGCUAAGGAUCUAAUUUUGAGAUUCUGCUGUGAAUGGGAACAUAGGAUUGGAGCCCCUGGAGUUGAGGAAAUCAAAAGUAAUUCUUUUUUUGAAGGUGUUGACUGGGAACAUAUCAGAGAGAGACCUGCUGCAAUAUCUAUUGAAAUCAAAAGCAUUGAUGAUACCUCAAACUUCGAUGAGUUUCCAGAAUCUGAUAUUCUUAAGCCAACAGUGGCAACAAGUAAUCACCCCGAGACUGACUUCAAGAACAAGGACUGGGUCUUCAUCAAUUACACAUACAAGCGCUUUGAGGGCCUGACUGCACGGGGGGCAAUACCUUCCUACAUGAAGGCAGCAAAGUAGCGUCCUUGAAACGGAUCCCUAAGUGGAGCAGGGUUCUUUAUACAACAUCAUGGUGUUCCUCUCACACUCUUUUGAAAGAGCUUCCAAGAAGUUUAUGGAACCCACCCGUACGUCACAGUCACCUUGCCUGAAAUGUGAUAGUGCGUGGCUUCUCGUCCAUAAUGCAUCUGAAAAGCUGUAGAACAGACAGCCAUUUCAACCACAUCGGCCACAAGCAGCUUCUUGGGAAGCGUCAUGAGCCAAUUUGAUAGAUUUUUUUUUUUAAAAAAAAACAACUUGAGUUUUCCUAAGUUCAUCAGAAUGAAGGGGAAAACAGCCAUCGUCCAGCAUUAUUGAAAUUGUAACGUAUACUUAUUGAGUAUCAGCCAAUUCCUGUGACUUUGUGAUAUGCUUUCUGCCAAGCCCACCAAGUAUUUCUUUCUUCUUUACAGCUACAAGUUCCAUAGUACUAAGGAAGCAAAGCAAUAAUGAAAGCCUCAGCAGCCAGCACGCUGGCUGAAGAAAGUGAUUCACCAUCCUCUGAGGGGUGGUGAUGGUAGUUUCUCCCCAUAGCUCGCCCCAGGCGAGUGGCUUUUCAUAGCCUCCGUGGUGCACUUUAUUUAUGGUACUAGGAUAAAGACCCUCAGCCCGGUGAUUUGCAUCCUCCCACCCACCUGAAGCACUCCUGCUGCUUUUCUGAGUGUUGAUGGGGGAAUACCUGCUUGACCCUUUGUUGCUCUUAGAAGCCAUUGGGCAUUGCCAAGGAGUCCGGAUCAUGUGGAAAACCCUCCCUUUCUCUUCACGGCUGUAUCAGAAAAUCCCUGAGUUGGAUGUUGCUGUGGACCAGCAAAACCCAUAAGUGCUGCCAACAAGAACUUGGUUUAUUCCUGGGAACACAGGAGAGCCAGGCAGAGGCAGGAGGCCUGGAACCCUCUCGGCUGAGGUGCUGCUCCCGCUGGGUCUCUGGAACCUCCCUGGAAGUGGUGAAGGAGCCAGCCCAAUGGAAAGUGCAGAGCCAGCCUGCAGAUCUUUGUCAAGUUCACUCCUCAAUCCUUGGUGCAACUGUGUUUUGUCUUUUCUCUUGGUAUUUCUUCUGUCCCAUCUUUAAGUACCAUUUUGCCUUGGAAUCAUGAUUACAGAUAUUUCCUUUGCAGAUGCCUUCCUGGGGGAUAUUCUCCACCCUAAAGGGUGGCCUGCAGCUUGGGCUGAGCGGGCCCCUGCUGUGGCAUUCUCUCAUGAGACACCCUCUGAAUUUUAGCACCAAGUGCCUUCUCUUUUACAGCUGCCACCACCUUUAGAGGAAUUUUGCUGUGUCAGAAAAUUGUGGAGGCUCCAUAUUAAUGCAUUAUUACUUUUUAAAAUUUUGAUAACUCUGAAAGCAUCAUUUGCACCUGUGUGGUAACCUUACCUGUUGCAGAGCGUCAUGGUCAGGCUACAGCUGGGGGACUGCUUCCUGCCAGUCAUGUUGUUAAGAUCAGCUUUGAAAGGAAAGUGUGUCCUAGCUUAGCCAUUCAGAAAAGAAAAAUGGAAUUCAAAGUUAUAGUAGUAAGUGAAAUUGCUUUGGAUUUUAAUGUCUUAGAGGAAGAAAAAAGAAUAUUAAGGAAGUAUUAACUCUGGAUGAAGGUAAUGUGUCUGCCCCUUAAUCUUUUAUUCAUGGUCUGUUAGAGAAAAGGAAGUAAAUGAGAUUCUUUUGUGUAACUUUGUAGUUUAUAUUACCAAAUAGUUGGGGUGUUGAUCCCCAUGUGUUUUGCAAGAGUAUGUGGUAAGCAUGGGUAAGGAGUGGUGAUAAUGUGUGUGUUGGGGAGUGGCAGGGGAUAAUUUGUUUUCGGGGGAAAUGUCCUCCUUUUAACUUUUGAAUAAACUGUGAAAAAAGUA